AUGGACCUCUUCGAUGAUUUGCCCGAACCUGAGAAGCUUCGUCCUUCCACCCCCGAAGCCCCCGGCUGGGGGGCCCCCGAGGUGGACGUGUUUGCCGAUCUGCCACCCCCCAAGGGGGAGAAUCGGGGCACCAAGCGCAAGGCCCAGGAGGGGGAAGACGAAGCCCCCGAUCCCCCCAGAGGAUGUGUGAAGCUGCGUGGUUUCUGUGCUCAGAAGCGGGGAGAGCGAGAGGAGAUGCAGGACAGACACGUAUUGCUGGAAGACUUCCACACGCUCAUUCCCAACCUGCACCCCUCCGUGUCUCGUGUGUCCUACUUUGCGGUGUUCGAUGGCCAUGGGGGGGCUAGGGCCUCUGACUUUGCGGCAGAAAACUUGCAUCGGCACCUGGCACAGAGAUUCCCCCACGGUCCCCUUUCGCGCAUCGAGAAGGAGAUGGGCCGCGCCCUCGUGGAGGCGUUCCGUCGCACGGACGAGGAGUUUCUGGUGCUGGCCAGCAGGGGGCGCCCCCGGUGGAAGGACGGGACCACGGCCCUCGUGCUGCUGGCCGUGGAGGACGCCCUCUUCGUGGCCAACCUGGGGGACAGCAAGGCCGUCCUCUGUCGCUGGGAUGAGGAGUCCAAGAGGCACCUGCCCCUCCCCCUGAGUGUGGACCACACCCCCACCGACUACCGGGAGAGGAUGCGCAUACAGAAGGCGGGGGGAUACGUCAGGGAGGGUCGAGUGAUGGGCGCCAUCGAGGUGUCCCGCUCCCUGGGCGACGCCCCCUUCAAGGGCGUGGGCGUGUCCUCGGUCCCGGACGUCCGGCUGCUCCGCCCCUCCGCCCGGGACCCCUUCCUGCUCAUGGCCUGCGACGGACUCUGGAAGGUGCUGGGCUCGCAGGAGGCGCUGCAACUCGUGCUGCCAGACACCAAGGAAGAUGCUCCGGAGGAGAUCUGCUGGGAGAGUGCGUGCGGCCGGCUGGCCAGCGAGGCCGUGCGCAAGUGUAGCGGAGACAACGUCACCGUCCUCCUGGUAGCCAUCAACAAGAUCCGGUGACAUCCGACCCGAUGAAGGCCGCCCAGAGCUCGAACCGACGACGCAUUCGACGGAUUCCCGACCACAGCUAUAUGAAGUUAACACAGCUGUAUACAAGUUUCUUGUCGAUGACGUCACGACGCGCCGAAGGGAGAACUGAUGAAACGUCACACACACUACCAUUACUUGGCGAAUCAGAGGAAAUCGCCAACUGUUCGUAAGCUCUUACUGGCUGGCGCGUUUGACUCGAAUGGGUGUACUACUCUGCGCCGCUCGUAAAAUUGAAAAUAUUUAAUCAUCUACAG